UGCCCAAAAGUCCUCACUUCCACUGAAACUGAAACUGAGCUUCAACCAUACCUAAAAGCAUUGAUUACUUUAAUAAAUUCCCCCACCAGCAAUACCAUCAUCACCUUAGUCAACAAACUGUUUUUCCCAAAAGCAGGGCCAGAAGAAAAAGGAAAAGAUAAUGAAAUGAAGAACAAGAACAAGAAAAAGAAAAAGAGAGAUACUGAUCAACAUUACCCAUUAACAUCCCUUCUUGCUUCUCCCCAUCCCCAGCCCCAGUUCCUCUUCUCUGCUUUUAAUUGCCUUCUUUACCACUUCCCCCAUCUUUCUUCCUUCAGGCACAUUUUUCCAUUACCCACUAUCUUGGAGUUCAAGUGGCUAAUUUUGUGCUCUGCUUAUUUGUUUCCAUCAGUGUUUGAGGCCUUUCAAUUGGGGUGCGGUGCGAUUUUCAGAACAGUGAUGGGGUCUUAUGGCAGCCCUAAAACUUGGAUUCCAUAUAUGAGCAACAAAGAUUGCUCUCAAGGUUUCUGUAGUGUAUAUUGUCCUCAGUGGUGUUACAUCAUGUUUUCACCUCCACCACCCUUAGAGUUUCCAGAUGAUGAUUCAGGCCCAAAUUUUUCUCCUCUUGUCAUUGCAAUUAUUGGAAUUCUGGCAAGUGCUUUCCUUCUUGUAAGCUAUUACACCAUAAUUUCAAAGUAUUGUGGCAACACAAAUCGCUUGUCUAGGACUGGAAAUCAUGACCCGAAUGAGGAAUUUGAAGACAAUCACAACCCCACUCUUCACGAGCCGUGGCACAUCGCGACAACUGGCUUGGAUGAGGCAUUGAUCAAGUCCAUUACGGUUUGCAAGUACAAGAGAGGAGAUGGGUUGGUUGAAGGCUCUGACUGCGCUGUUUGCCUGAGUGAGUUUCAAGAAGAUGAGAGCCUUAGGCUGUUGCCCAAAUGCAGCCAUGCUUUCCAUCUUCAAUGCAUUGAUACAUGGUUCAAAUCGCACUCCAAUUGCCCGCUAUGUCGUGCUUAUAUCGUCUCUUUCAGUGCUUCUUCUCCAUUUCAACUGCCUCCAAGCACAGCAGUUCCCAUAACUAGUGAGGCCAUGCCAGAGACUUCUCAUACAACUGACCAUGAUGCUGUUUCACAAGAUUCUGGAAGAAGUUUUGGGAAUGAUGACCUAAUGCAAGCCCAUAAUUGUGCAAAGAACUCAUUUCGCGCUUUAAGUGACCUCGGAAAUCUGGAGAAAAGAGAUACUGUCAUUGAGCUUAGAGAUGGAAGAUUGCAGCAAAUUAGAAGGUCCAUUUCAAUGGAUCAUUGCUGCCAAAACCACACCAUAAUUGCCGACAUUCUACAGUUGAAUGAAGAUGGAUUUGGAGCUAUUGAUGAAUCAGGAAGCUCAGGUGAUGUUGGAUCAUCCAAACAUUCAGUGGGAGAAGACAGCAAGUCAAGUCAUAGGAAAAGAAUCUUGCAUUGUGUGAUGAGUCCUGUUUCAAUGAAGAGAUCAUUUUCAAGUGGAAGAUUUUCUCUCACAAGGCACGGAAGAGAACACAGAGGAAUCGGUCCUGUCUGAAAUCUACUACAGAGAAUCAGGAAGAUUUGUAGUUUUUAUGAGAAAGAAAACCACCACAGAUUUAUGAAAUGAACAUACACCCACCACACCAUGUGCUGUGUUUAGCUGCUUUCAAUGAUUUCCCUUUAUGGUUGGUUACGGGUUUUAGUGAAAAUCAUCCAUGGCUUUUCCUUUAUCAUUCAACUGUCACGAUUAUGUCUGAAGCACCAGUAUUUUUUUCCCUCCAUCAAUUAUUUGACUGCCUUUGCAAUUUGCAUUACUUAUAUAAAGAUUAUAAAGAUCUCUCUC